CCUCUCUUGCUGACCUGCCCCCUGCCCGACAAUCGGCGAUAAAUGGCCUGAUUGGAGAGAAGGGGGGUCUAUAUGCGUCUCCGGGGUUAAGACGUGUUAUUGGAUUAGUAUGUGGGCAUCUGCCUAAGCCUUCCUUCUCUAGUUCCCCGUAAAACACCUUGAAGGACACCUCGUGUACAAAACUAACUGUAGUAUAUACCUCCACAAUCUCUUUUCUUGGUGUGCUUUCAUGGCUUUGCUCUCUAGGAUGAAGAAUGUCAAGAAGUUACAUUUUUCACUGCUUCUUGUAUUAGUGCAUGUUUGCUUUGUUGAAACACAAGCAGACUACGCCCCAUUUUUCUAUGAUAAUGGGCCCUACAGUAGCAACGGAAACCUGGCACUCUUCAGUCUGACAGAGGACACUCCUGUCGGCACAGAGAUCUAUGCUCUCAAUGGCACCGACCCGGAAGGCCAAGAGGUGAGGUAUGGGUUGAGCUUUGAACCCGGUGCCAAAGAAUACUUCAGAGUGGAGCCCAAGUCUGGAAACAUAACUCUGGUGGAACAACUGGACAGAGAGAUUUUAGAUUCUAUUGAAGUUCUUGUCAGUAUCACAGAUGGCAGAAGUAAGGUCACUGAAAAGGUCACAGUGUUUGUCAUGGAUGCCAAUGAUGAACGACCAGUGUUCAAAAACCUGCCCUCCUUUUUGGAUGUUCCAGAGAACUCUGAAUGUGGGAGCAGUAUCUACAAAGUGCUGGCUGUGGAUCGGGAUACAGGCUCUGGAGGCUCGAUCACCUUCUAUCUACAGACUAAUGGUCAAUCCAGUAAGUUUGCCAUAGACCGACACAGUGGUGUGCUGAGGAUCAAGCCCGGGGAGAUGCUGGACUAUGAGAGGUCGACAACACACUUCAUCACAGUGGUGGCCAAGGAUGGUGGUGGGAAUUACAAUGGGAAAGAACAGGUGAUGUCAUCCUCUGCCACCUUGACAAUCAAUGUGAUUGACACCCAGGACACGCCCCCUAGCUUUGUUGGGACACCAUAUUUCGGAUACGUUUAUGAAGUGUCCGUACCAGGUUCGGAAAUAUUCACAGUUUUCGCCAAAGAUGGAGACCUAGGAAUGCCCAAACCAAUUCAUUAUUCCCUUGAGAAUGGUACAGAUGGUGUUUUUAGCAUCAACAAAACAAGUGGUGUGAUCAGUCUGUUGACUUACCCUAUCUAUCUGAAGAGGGAAAUUUUCAACAUGAAAGUCAAGGCCUCUGAGGUCAGCCCUGAGGGGAACCUUAUGGACUAUGGGUUCACCACGGUCGUUAUCCGGGUGGUAGACCUAAACAACCACCCCCCCACCUUCUAUGGGGAGAAUGGACCGCAGAACAUGUUUGAGAUGACCAUGUACGAACACCCUCCAGAGGGAGAGAUCAUCCGUGGUCUGAAGAUCACGGUCAAUGAUUCUGAUCAGGGGUCCAAUGCUAAAUUCAACCUCAGACUUGUUGGUCCUGGGCGGAUGUUACGGGUGGUUCCCCAGACUGUGCUCAAUGAGGCCCAGGUAACCAUCUUAGUGGAGGACUCUGCUGCCAUGGACUAUGAGAAAUUCCAUUUCCUCACCUUCAAGCUUCUUGCCGUGGAGAUGGACACACCAGAAAGAUUCAGCGCCACGGCGGACAUCGUCAUACAUCUCCUCGACACCAACGACAAUGCUCCCAAGUUCUCCUCCGUUUACUACAUUGCCAGAAUCCCGGAAAACUCUCCCGGCAACUCCAAUGUUGUGUCUGUGACCGCAACAGAUCCAGAUUCAGGCUUUUGGGGAGAAGUCAAGUACUCAAUCUAUGGCUCAGGGGCUGACUUGUUUCUGAUUCAUUCAGCAUCCGGCAUCAUCUACACCCAGCCGUGGGCCAGCCUGGACGCGGAGGUGAAGUCCAAGUAUAAUUUCUAUGUCAAAGCAGAGGACGCAGAGGGCAAGUACAGCCUGGCCGAGGUAUUUGUGACAGUGCUGGACCUCAAUGAUCACCCGCCAGAGUUUAAUGAGAACUUCCUGGAGAAGACCAUGAUCAUAGGAGCGCUGGUGAAGAUAGAGGCGCAAGAUGACGAUGCAGAGGGGCCCAACAAUGUCAUUGAGUACUCCAUCAUGAAGACAGACCCAGAAAACAUAUUCGACAUCAACGCAGACACGGGCGAGAUCAAGCUCAAGUCCUACAUCAAGUCCAUGGACAUCGUCCAGAACAUCACCAAACAGAAUGACUGUACCUGGUCUGUGGUGGUCCAGGCCCAAGACAGAGGCUCUCCCUCCUUCAGCACCACCACGGUGGUCAAGAUAGACAUCACAGAGGCGACUCAACUCAGGGGCCCUUGGGCAUCCUUUUUCGUGCAGAGUAGAGACAAGCCUUUGCACAUCUUAGGUAUGAUCGCUGGUGUCAUUAGUCUCAUGGUUGUGGUGACAGUCUUCAUCUCCACCAUCAUGUUCAUGCGCAACAAAAAGUCCAACAGGAUCCUGCCCCACCGCCGCAUCCGGAGGCGAAACAAUCCACCCGUGACCUUCAAGUUCCCGAACUCUGGAGAGAAACUCCUAAUCCAAGAACCAGAGGUCAUGGUGGGGGUCAACUGUAGCAACUGUAACAUAGCGAGCGGACACCCUCUGCCUCCAAACCACAACAUGAAUGUGGUGACUGGACACCAUUGGUCUCCAAACCACAAUGUGAGCAUGGUGAGUGGACGCCAUUGGCCACCACCACCACCGCCCAAUGCCCCUGCCCUUCCCCCACUGCUCCCUGGGGGGAGGCCAGGGGACAGACAAUGGGUGGUACCGACAGUAUUGGGCACAGUAGCACAGAUCAAGCCUAAGAGGAACAGGAACAGACCAGUUGACAGUGUGAAUGCAGCACUGGUGUCUGAGCUCAAAAUGAGACUGGACCAGAGGAGGUUGGCAAACUGCUCUUAGGAGAGCGAGAGAGUGAGUGUUUGUCUGCUUGUGAGUAUUGAUGAGUGGGAGUCAUGAUACUCAAUGAAAGAUAUAAUUCAUACAGCAACUUUCAAAGUGCUUUACAUUGUGUGUGUAGAAGUCAACCAUCAAUGUGUAGAAGUCAUCAUCAAAGUUCAUAUUAUGGACUGGUGAAUCUCUGAUCCAUUCCUUCUGUUCUUAGUAAUUUCAGGUUCUUAUAGCUUACGUGAUGAAGUCAUAGACUAGAUCUCAGGACAAGGCUCUUAUUUGGCUUCUGUCCAAGCUCCUUACAAGAGCUUUUAUGAAGCUUAACCUGACUAAAGGGAUCAACGGAGAGAGGUGAACUCGUCUGACCACCUGACAAAGAAGAUCAACAAGCUUGGGAGUCAAGCAAAAUGCAUCUGAACACAUUAAGGCAGGCACAUUUUGGGGUAAACCAAUCACAUUGCGGAUAAUUUGUCACAUCUGCCAUGUAAGGACCCUUGAUCAAACAUGUCUAAUUUCAUCUAUUUGUGUGGUGCAUCUCUUUCCAAUUGGAUUCUCAUUUAUAUUCCCCCCCCCCAAAAAAACAUGAGUACAGAGGAAAUUUGUGGAUUUUAAAACCAAACAUAUCCCUUGUAUGUGCAUCCACUUACAUCUUGAGCCAGCCUUUUAAAGCAAUAAUUGCUAUGUCCUUUGUCUAGGGGUUAGAGAUAAAUAUGGGUUUGGCCAAUGGGAUCCAAGGACCAGGAUGGUGGUGUUGCCGAGGAAAAGUUUGGGUAUUUACUGUAAGGUGGCUAAAGGAUUAGGUUCAUUACCUUACGAAUCACUCUGGAACAGUGUUAUUCACUGCCCUCUCCUGGAGAAGAAAGGGAAUAAUUUAUUAACCCUUUGACGCAUACAAUCACAUUUGAUCAUUGUUGACUGGUCCCUGCAGCGUACCAUCGUAAAUAUGUGAUUGGAAUAGUAACAACAGAACAUAGCUAUGAUAAAACAAACAUGUCUAAACAGCAUUGUCUGAAAAGCAUCAACACAAUGUUUUGUUCUGAUGGGAAUAAAGGUCUUCACAACUUUAUUCCUCAAUUACACCUUUUUAUUGUAAAAGAUAAAUACGAAUUUCGUCAUAUAAACAACACAUGGAACACAUCUACACCCAAACUCAUUGCAUAAACCAAUCUAAAUAACAUGUUGCCCUGACAAUAAAAUAUACAUAAAUUAACAACUUAACAGCUAGACUUGUUUACAAUGUACAACAUCUCUAGUGAGCACAAGGGAGAAAUGUAAUAUUGUUUAGAAAAGAGAUCCGUGUCAGCUAAGUUAAGAGCAACCAUGUGUGUUUGUUUCCAAGCGAAAACUCCCUAAUCACAGAAUGCCAUUCACUAUAAGAUGCAAAUAAACAAAGUCAAAGAUGGCAGCACCCACUACCUGAAAAAUAUUCACUUAGUUUGGCCACUGGAUAUUACAAAUCUCCGAAGUACUUGUUACAGUGUACACAAGAACCGGAGCACAUGACUUUACCAAAAAGCAAAUAAGAUCAUCACACCAAAUACAAGUCUACUGCCUAGCUGAACCAUAGCUAUACAGGGUUAAAGCCAUUUUAUGGGGUUUUGUGGAGAGGAGGAUUAAUUUAAUUUGUGGGGGGUUUCAAGUCCAUGGGGGGUAGAAAUGUAGAUUCAACUAGGAAUUCCAACUCAGGAACUCGUGCCUCUUUAUAGAGCUACGACCUUCCGACUUGAAUAUCACUGACGUUAUGAUUUGACCUAUGGUUUUUGUUCAUGUGUUUAGUCCAGUAAUCCAAAUUCAUAAGGCGUGAUCACUAGGCCCAGACAAAGUCAAAAAGUUCCGUUACAGUUCGUAGAAACAUGUCAAAUGAUGUAUAGAAUCAAUCUUUAGGAUGUUUUUAACAUAAAUCUUCAAUAAUG